AUGUUGCUUUGUGUGUAUGUUGUGUUAGCUGCAAUCGCAAUAUGGAUGCACUGUGAUUCAGUAGAUUGCGUAAUGCCGGAAUAUAUCAAGAAAGCCCUGCGAGAGAAAAACAGAUACAAGACACCUGUACGAGAUAAGACAAAAACCUUCUCCAUCGAGACAUUUAAAGAAGUUUUAACAAAAAUAAAAGCCAUUACAAUGAAACUGAAUCGUGACGCUAAACUACAUGGAUAUAAAGUUGAUUACAUGCUUAAAAUAAACAGGAAAAAUUGA